GGGCUGGCCUGGCUGCUGAGGCUGGGCUGCAGGGCCGCACAGCUUGUACUCCAGGGCACUCCCAGCCAGAGGACAGCCAGACUCUUGACACAAUGAAGACUCCCCUGGGUGUGUGGGCACUGGCCCUGGCCUGUGUCCUGCUUCUCUGCCACCUCUCCUCCGUCACGGCGCGGGGCAUAAAGCACAGGGUCAAGUGGAGCCGGAAGCCUGCCCCCAGCCCGCCGCAGCAGGUCACCAAGGCCCGAGUGGCCGCGACCCACCCAGGGGCCUUCAUCAGGCAGGGCCGCAAGCUGGACAUCGACUUCGGAGCCGAGGGCAACCGGUACUAUGAGGCCAACUACUGGCAGUUCCCAGACGGCAUCCACUAUGACGGCUGCUCCGAGGGCAACGUGACCAAGGAGAUGCUGGUCACCGGCUGCAUCAAUGCCACCCAGGCGGCCAACCAGGCCGAGUUCUCCCCGGAGAAGCAGGACAACAAGCUCUACCAGCAGGUCCUGUGGCAGCUGAUCAAGGAGCUCUGCUCCAUCAAGCACUGUGAUUUUUGGUUGGAAAGGGGAGCAGGGUUCCGGGUGGCCAUGGACCAGCCAAUAAUGCUCUGCCUGCUGGUGUUCGUGUGGGUCCUCGUGAAAUAAGCUGGAAAGGAGGCUGGUAGCCCCAGCAGUGAGCCGGUGAGCAAGCUGCAGAGUCACCCCAGUUCCCCCGACCCUCACCUGGACCCUGUGUGUGCUGAAGGUACCAAACAUCAGCAUUUCAAGUAUCACCCCCAAGGGUUCCCCCUGGUACUUGUUAGGCCAUAUUCCCGAUGAGGAAACUGAGGCUCAGAGAAGUGAAACACAUCACCCAGAGUCACACAGCCAGAAAGUGGCAGAGCUGGGACCCAACCAUAGCCGAGCCUCAUGUUUCCUGCUCUGCCCCAUCCCAGGGCUGUCUCCUGGUCUCUCCAUGGCUCGCACGGCCCAGAUCCAACCCCGUGUCUCUAGCAAAACAGAUUCAGGCAUAAAUGAAAGGAUCUGACCAACUGCUGUGUGCUUUGAUAUCUUGGUGCGUGGAAGUUUACUUUGAUCCAUGUAAUUACACUCAGAUAGAAUAAAGAAAGUGAUCUAAAAUAGAAAGGAGGCGAGGCCAAGGGUCAGAAGUCAGACUAAGGGCACACUGCCAAGCUGGUGCCCGGAGCAGGUGAAACUCGCAGCCAGCACUCCUUAGCAAUAGGGUUCUGUUUCACAGAACGGCCAAUGCUUGCUGUUCCCCCGCCAGUGAUGGUCUGUGUACUAGGAAAAACAUCUUGAGUGACAUGUUUGCUUCUAGUGUUUCCCUAGCCCUACGUGCAUGUUUUUAUGUGCAUUCACAUGACCAUUUUUAAAGAUGCCUCCCUUCGUGGCGCUCUCCACAAUCGCUAUCAGUGCUUUUGACACCACUUUGCCUUUGGCAAGGGUUGUCAUCUCUGUAAAUCACUUCUCACUACAAGAAGAUAACUACUUGCCAAAAGGGCUGGAAAGAAAUGGUGUCUUCAGGGAGGCCCAAUAAAGAAUCUUCCUGCCAUAAGCAAGAGUUGAUACAGCACCUUACUAGUUUCAAAGAUGUUAAAAACAUGAAUCUCUUGGCCAGGGAUUUAGCUCAGUGGUUUCGCCGCCUGCCUUGCAAGCACAAGGACCCAAGUUCGAUCCCCGGUACCAAAAAAACAAAAAACCAAAAACAUGAAUCUCUUAAGUAAAACAUGAAUCUGGUGCUCUAAGAUGCCCCCCACACCCUCUGGGGUCCUUGCAGAGACCCCCGGGGCUGUUGAGCUGCUGUGGAGAUGGCAGCUGCUGAGCGCGAUCAGUUCUCCAGUUAGUAGAAUCUGUGCAGAGAGAAAUCGUGCGCUCUGGGAUAAUUUAUCUGCUGUUCAGAGCACACAUGUUGAUGCGGUGCCCUUGUGCUGAGUUCCCACUCCUGCCAGCCCUUCUCAAGGACACACUUGGAAGGUUUUAAGGAGGAAAGGUGGGGGAUGUGGACGGGGCAGCCCAGGCAAGCAGCCUCCCACCCUGACAGCAUGGAGGACCCUGCGCUCCCCCUCUGCUUCCCCAGCCCCCUUAGUUCUAGACCAGAGUGCAAAGCUUGGGGCUUAUGUCCAGCAUCCGAUUUUUAAAAUAAUAAGAAUGCUAAUAAAGAAAGCAAAAAGUACUUAGAGGGUGAUGCUGACAUUAGAACUGCUGCAAGCUUAAUUAUAAGGGCAUGCACAGCAGCGCCAGCAGGACUUCACUUCCGAUAAGUGCCGGAUUUUUAAGAUACAAGGGGUUUUUUUAGGUAAAAAUGCAUUAAAACUACAACAGAAAUCUAAAACAAAAAAUGACUCCCAAGUGAGCAUUUAGAGUCUAAAUGCUUCCUUCAUUCAAGGCUUUUUGUCCAUUUUCCUAUGAUUUUUGGUUUCUUGUUUCCUCAACCCUACCCCCUCCUUCCACCAUGGGGUGUAGCCCCCCUUUUAAUAUACUCAGAUUUAUUACGCUCAGCUAACUUGUCCCUUUCCAUUGCUGUGUGAUAUUCCACGGUACAGAUAUACUGUGGUUGAUUUAAUCAUUUCCUUGUUGCUGGACCUUCAGACUGUUCCCAGUUUUUCCCCCCUGCAAACAAUAAACACCCUUAUAUGUA